CUCGAACUAAUGUAUACAUAUAUACGUAUUUAUAUACAAAUUUACGACCCUUCGUUUUAGCCAAAACAAAGCCGUAAAAAUACUUUAGAAACCUUCCCCUUCAAGAGAGGAAUCCAACGGUGAAAGAAUCGUGGAAAACGAUCGUGAAACGACGCAGAACAAGCUCGUCGGAGUGUUCGCUGGGCUGGUUUCACGACGGGAAACGGAGAGGGGGGAAACAAAGCUGCCAUCGCCACCAACUGUCGUCUGACGAUCUGUGUUCAUCUCCGAACCACCGUACAUCGUUAAGGACUUCGAAGAAAACGGAGACCGCUGCGUGCCGCUCUAGGACGAAGACGUUCUGCUCUCCAUUAACGCUCAUGCACGACUUGCUGCUCCAUGUUUGCUGCUCCAGGCUGAAGUGGCACCGUGGAAGCAAAUUAAGGACUAUUACCUUCUUUAUUCAGGUGACAGAGAAAUGAAAUGAAAAAAGGAUGCAUCUGAGGAAGAAAACAUUGGUGUUGGUACCUCUACUAAGGAAGCAUAUUUUCAAGCUUCCAAGACACCCAAACAACAUUGCUUCUUUGGCAUUCAACCAUGAUGGUUUGCUUUUAGCAGUUGCAUCAAGUUACACUUACCAAGAAGCUAAGGAAAGGUUUAUGAGGGCACCAAAAGAGAUUAGAUUUUUUAAAGUGAUGAAGAAUUCGAAGUUCGGGAUGCGUUGGUCAUAUAAGUGUGUGAUGAUUUAUUAUAAACUUUUAGUGCUGAUAAACUUACAAAAGGCAAUAACUUGUAU